UGUGUGUGUGUGUGUGUGUGUGUGUGUGUGUGUGUGUGUGUGUGUGUACACCGUAUGUGUAUGUCUGUCUGUGCGAAGCGUGCGUGUAUAGUGUGCAUCUGCGUUAAACAAGUGGCCCACCACUCACCAGAGCGCCUUAUCAGUUGAGUCACCAUGGGCUGAAGUACAGUGCGUCCCCUGUCUGCUCCAGUCACCUGCCAGCAACAAUCAAAAGCCAGGGGUAAAUGGUGCAAUUUUAGAUGACACAAAGGGCAGAAAUGUUAACUUUUAUUUUUUACUUUGUUUUAUUUUAUUUUUGUUACUAUAUUUUGUUGUUGUGUGUACCAAUAUGUUGGAAUGCCUAGGGUUGUCAGUUGUUUGUUGUAUGGAAAGAAUUCAUCCUUUUUUGUGUUAUUGCUUAACUUUGAGUAAAACCCUCCUGGUUCCAGCAUUAAAUGUGCGAAAUGUAUUGAAAACAUUUGAAUGUUUUAGGAAAAAGUACUGUAGUUUUCUGACCUUUUUAAAAGGAUGUAGUACUUUUGUGCCUGUUUGUUUUGUGCCGUUUAAGUUUAAUUUUGUACUAUUUCAAAAUGGGAUAAAGGACCAUGACUUGCACAACUGAAUUAACUGUAUAAGAGUUUUGUGAGCAUUCUUUCUGAAGAAAAAAAACCCCACAUUUCCUUGUUAUAAAUUCCAUUUUGCUUUGUUAUAGUAAAACACUUUUAAAAGCGUCUCCUGUUCUGAACAUGUUUAUGUGUGUUUGUUUCAAAGCAGUAUGCUAUUAUUUAAAAAUGGAUCUGGGUGGGCUUUAUUUUAAUUUUAUUUUAAAUGCUGUUAGUAAAUGUAAACAUACGAAUUCCUGGGGCAGGGCUUUGUAACUAAAAAUCGCCGCUAGUGGGAGACAUGGUGCUGCUGAUUUUAUAGGCGUAUGACUGCAAUAGCCUACACCGAGUAAUAUUUAAAGCUACAAGCUUGCACGAAACCCUGUCCCUGUUCCCCCUUGAAAAUAAAUCACCACGUUUUCGUUUGAAGUUAUGCUGGUCACAAAAUGCAUAUCGUGGAUCUGUCAUCGUCCAUAUAAUUAUCUCACUCGCAGUGCACAGUAGGCCAUAGGCUACAGGACAGGUGUGCCUCCGACGCGCUGACAGGUUAUCUCUGCCAAGUGCAUGUUUCGGCCUUCGGUGGCGAUCUAGCAGUCAACUGCAACAGUAGGCAACUGCAAGCGGGUUUCCAUCAACACGUUUCUGGGGUCCACUGGCAUGUAGUACACUGAGGAAGUGAGACUCCGUGCACCAGCAUCCGGGGAUGCGUCCUACGGUGGCUCUAAGGGACACGUGAGCACCACGGAGGCUGGCCUGGCAGUGGAGCAGCGCCAGUUCUAGCUCUAGCGGCAGCUGGAGCCGGAGCCGUAACGGUGACAGCAACAGUGUCCGUGUCCGUGUCAGUGUGGGCUAUAGGAGGCGUGGCGUGGCGACAGGGCGGGGUGUGUGGUGGCGCUGGAUGUGUGCGACCUCUUCAUGGGCCUGAAGGACCAUCUGGACGAUGGGACGGGCCACCACAUCCUCCACCUGGACCUCGACGACCUGGACCUCGGGCUGGACCUGGACUACCUGCACGUGAAGGCCACGUCAACCACCGACCGGCACCGGCGCCAGCAUCAGCAUCGGCCGCCCUCGGCGACGGGCGCGGAUGCCCAUGCCAAGAUGGAGGCCGCCGCCGCAGCCGCCGGCAGUGGCCUGUCGUCACCGUCGGAGGAGGCUGAGGUCGAGGGAGGCUUGGAGGCCAGGAUGCCCGCCUCGGGUGCCAGCCUGGGCGGCGGCAGCAGCAGCGGCAUCGGCUCCACGCCCGCCGACUCCGAGGAGGGCACUGACAGCGAGGCGGAGCAGGUGGUGCCAAGACCCGGAGGGGGAGGGGGCGGCUACCUUUGUGGGGGCGGCAGCGGCAGCCUCGGUGGGACUUUCCCCGAGGUUCCUCCUCACCGCUCGGCCCACCCCCAGCUCUGCCGCUCCCCAUGCCUAGACCUGGGCACCACCUCUCCGCCCCCUCCUCCAUCUUCCUCUCCCCCUCCUCUGGAAAGCGAACCCCCCCACGAGCCCAUCAUCCCUCAGGAGGGCCCGGACCCGGACCCGGACCCGGACCCUGAUCCCAGCGAGACCCUGCGCGUCUACCAGAACAAGAUGGAGUUUGCGCUGAAGCUGGGCUACCAGGAAGACCUGAUUCGGCUUGUGCUGAGUAAGCUGGGGCCCCAGGCGCUGAUCAAUGACAUACUGGGCGAGCUGGUUAAGCUGGGGAGCAAGACGGAGGCGGAGCAGAGCGUCAUGUCUAGCGCUGGUAGCGGUAGCGGCGCUCUGACUACUUCUCAACAGCUGCAGCAGCAGCUGCAGCACCAGAUCAGAACCUCCUCCUCCUCUUCCUCCUCCUCCUUCUGCUCCUCCUCCUCCUCUUCCUCCAUGGCUCCCUCCUCCUCCUCUUUCUGCUCCUCCUCGGGAGGCUCCACCACCUCCACCUCAGGCUGCGGCUUCUCCGACUCCACCGAGUCGCACCACUCCGACUGCUCCUCCUCGCACAUGGACACGGCCGCUGCGCUGGAUGACAAGGACAACCUCAGGCCCAUUGUCAUCGAUGGCAGCAACGUGGCCAUGAGCCAUGGCAACAAGGAGGUCUUCUCAUGCCAGGGCAUCCAGCUGGCUGUUGAUUGGUUCCUGGAGCGAGGGCAUCGUGAUGUCACAGUGUUUGUACCUGCCUGGAGGAAGGAGCAGUCGCGUCCAGAUGCCCUCAUCUCAGACCAGGAGAUUCUGCGUCGUCUGGAGAAGGACAAGAUCCUAGUGUUCACGCCGUCGCGUCGCGUCCAGGGCCGCCGGGUGGUCUGCUACGACGACCGCUUCAUAGUCAAGCUGGCCUAUGAGUCUGACGGAAUCAUCGUCUCCAACGACAACUACCGAGACCUGGCCAAUGAGAAGCCGGAGUGGAAGAAGUUCAUCGAUGAGCGCCUGCUCAUGUACUCCUUCGUCAAUGACAAGUUCAUGCCCCCCGAUGACCCUCUGGGUCGGCACGGUCCCAGUCUGGAGAACUUCCUGCGAAAACGGCCCAUCAUCCCUGAACACAAGAAGCAGCCUUGUCCUUACGGCAAGAAGUGCACAUACGGCCACAAGUGUAAGUUCUACCACCCCGAGCGGGGCACGCAGCCGCAGCGCUCGGUGGCGGACGAGCUUCGGGCCAGCGCCAAGAGCUCCUCGGCCUCCAAGGCCCAGGUGGAGUCCGGCCUGGUGAAGAGCCACAGCAUGCCAGCCAGCCAGCGCUCCAUAGCCGCCGCUGGAGGAGGUGGCAGCGGGGGUGACGCCAAGCGGGCGCAGGCCAAGCGCCAGUCGGACCCCAGCGUGCGCGCCCUGUCCUACAGCGACGUGGAGGAGAGGCUCAGCAUCCGCUCACCAGCCAAGCCCACCUCCACCUCCACGGACCACCAGGCGUCUCACGGAGGAGGCAAGGGGGGGAGUGUGCCCACGUUGCUCCCCGCCCUAGGCGGGCCUCCGCUGGGUCACGGCCAGGAGCAGCACAGCCACCUCCUCCUCAGCCACCUCCCCCUCCACCACCCGUCCUCCUCCUCCUCCUCCACGAGGGCCCACACUGGGGGCACACCCUCCCAGUCCCAGCUCCUGCAGUCCCACUCCCUGUCCCAGCCCCAGCAGCAACAGCAGCAGCAGUACCCGACGUGCGAGUCUCCGGAUCUCAGCUACUGCUCGCUGGUGACGCGCGCCUACUCGGGCCUGCGCAUCACGCUGCCCCCCCGCAGCCCUGAGCCCGAGCGGCGCCCGCUGGCCGACUCGCUGACGUCAGACUGCAGCAGCGAGGGCAGCGCCAGCUGUGGCAGCAGCAGCACGGGGGACUCCUCCUCCUCGCACUACGGCAUGCCAAUGCUAGGGGGCGCCAUGGGCAUGGGUAUUGGUAUGGGUAUGGGUAUAGGGGGUGAGCGCUCCUGCAUGAGCUCCCCGGACCUGAUGCUGGACGACGGGGGCAGCGGCGGCGGCGGCAGUAGCCUGCGGUGCCCACACCACCACCAGCACCAACACCAACAUCAACACCAACACCAUCAUCACAGCCAUCAGUACCACCCGCACCACAGAGGAAGUGGUGGUGGUUCUCAGUACCCUCCGCUACCACCGCUGCCUGUAGCAUCGUCCUCCUCUUCCUCCUCUCUCCCACCUCCACAGACGCCUCCUCACCAUCACCACCACCUACAUCAGCAGCACCAGUCGCACUUACUGGCGUCGUCGGUGCCCACCUCGGGCUACCCGACCCACCACCACCACCACCACCUCCACCACCCCCACCCCCAGCUUCAUCACCAGCAGCAGCAGCAGCAGCAGCAGAGUCUGACCCCGCACGGGUACAGCAGCUUCGGGCACGACGCCGACACCCCUGACUCUCCCCUCUUCAGCAAGCACUCGCGCUCGCCCUACCUGUCCCCCCAGCUCCAGCUCCAGCACCAGCAGCACCAGAUGGUGGGGGCGCGCUCCAGCUGCCCCGGGGACUACCCCCCGCUGCCGGGCAGCAGCUCCUCCGCGCACCCCCAGAGCUCGCCGUCGCCACUGGGCCGGGGCCUGGCGUCCACGCGGGCCGACAGCGUGUCGGACUCGCGCCUAUACGAGGGCUCGCCCCUGCUGCCGCGCAAGGCCCUGUACAUGGCCCAGGAGCGGCUGAGUGCCUGGGACCCGUACUACCUGCAGCCUCCUCCUCCUCCGUCUACGCAGUCCAGCCCCACUCCCCAUCCUCCUCCUCCUCCUCAGCCUCAGCCCUGCUAUGAGCCCUUCAGCUUCCAGGGGGCGCUAGAGACGCGCGAGCAGGCCUGGCGGGCCCCUUGGGGCCGUGGCUCCAGCAGCCUGCCUCUUCCUCUUCCUCCGCCGCCGUCUCUUCCCCUGUCACUUCCUCCUCCUCCUCCCGCACUUCCUCCUCCGCAUCCAUCACACAUGCUCUCCAGCCCCCGUGGCCAACGCCCGCCCUCCUCUCUGGGCUUGGGCCAGGGGCAGGGCCAGGGGCAGGAGCAGCCCCCAGAGCCUCCGCCCAUCACCAGGCACCAGGAGGUGAGGCAGAAGGUGUUUGGCAACCUGUGCAACAUCUUCCCCAUGGAGCUGGUGCGCCUGGUGAUGGGCCGCUACCCGCACGUGACGGACGCACAGCAGCUGGCGGCGGCCAUCUUGGCCGAGAAGAGCCAGUCGGGAGCCUACUGACACUCAGCCUGUCGGGAGCCUACUGACAUGACCGGGUGAAUACGUACACUCAGCCUGUCGGGAGCCUACUGACAUGACCGGGUGGACACACUGCAAGCUGUUCGCAGGCCGGGCAGCGCUGGUUCCCACAGCAGUUACACUGGGAACAGAAGUGCUUACUGGUGAACGACCCCAUUAUUUCACCAUGUGUGACAGGAAUGAACUUGAUGAGGUCAUUUGUCAUCACUGCUCG